AUGCCUAAUAAAGUUGAUGCUUCCAAGAAAAUGUCUCAACAAUUAAAAAAUUCAAAAAGAAAAACUGAUGAUGAAGUGUUGUCAGAGAAAGAGGUUAGAAGCAUAAUAAAAGGAAGUAAAAACCAUCUAAACCAUAUAUCUUCUGAAGGACAAACAAAUCAUAUUAAUCUAAACGGACAAAGAGCACCCAACAAGAGAAAAACCUGGCAACCUCUUUCAAAGAAUAUGAGGGAACAUUUGCAAACUAUGAUGGAAGCAGUGAUAAUAGCAAUUUUGAGUAAUACUAAAGAAAAAAAACAAAUUCAGAAUCAUCUCAACUGCCUGAAGAAAAGGUUGCUACAACUGUUUGAAACCCUGAAAGUUCCUCCCCAAAAGCUGAAAUAUUUAACUAAUGUGUCAAGUCUGCUGAAAAUGGAAAGUGCACAGGCUGGAGCUAAUGAAGGACUGGCAUUACUGCAGGAAGAAAUAGAUAAAAUAGUACAGACUACAGAGUCAAUGACUGGGAAUAUUCAAAAAAAGAAACAAAACAAAAUUGAAAUUCUGGCACAUGAGAUAGAGGAAGAGGAGGAAAAGGCAAAAGAGAUGCUUCAGAUGGAUAGAUGUAGCAUACUUUCCCUCCCAGAGCUUUCUCAGAACAGUCUGAAAACACCCACACUGCAGAAAAAAAUUUUGAUGCUAAUUCCAAACCAGAAUGUUCUUCUAAAACACUUGGAUGUUCUUCAUAAUUCAUCCCAGAUGAAGAACAUGUCAAUGUUCAUUGAAGAAGCCUAUGAGAAACUAAGUGCCUCUUAGAGAAUUUUUCAA